GUCGAUUACAAUAAAGUUGCUUCAAGUUACGCGUCAGCAAAUGGCGCCCAAUUUGUGAGCUGCUCUCCCACAGUCUCAGACUGCAAACUUGCAACUUGACGAAAGCGGCCUAUCACUUUUGAAAGCGCUUUAGCUUUUACAGGCUUUAGGGGAGUUGUGUAGCUAGGUGGCAGCCCUUUCCACUUUUCAAGAGAGAAACUACCUUAUAAGUCAGGCAAUAUGGCGACGAGUACAUGUCUCAGGAGCACGGUCGGCACGGGCCUCUGUAGCGCUUCUGUUUUCGCUUCUGAAAAAACCUUGACUACCAACACAUGUACAAACAGAUCAGCGGUGUGCAAUUUUAUUGGGCUUGAACAACGUGGGAAGGCAGUUGCGGGAUUGUUUCUUGCAAGGAAAGGCUUCCAAAGCUUGGGAGUGUGCAGAACGAACGGACACUCAAGGAGGGGUUUGAGAGUCCAAUCUAUGUCCGAGGAUAGUCCUCUCCCCUCUCAGAUGAAUGUGGAGGACGCUCUCAAGUUGUUUGGAGUGGCAGAAAACGCGUCCUUUGAUGAGAUCAUCAAGGUCAGAAGGGACCUUGUUGCGCGCUUUGAAGGCGACAUGGAGAAGCUGGCGGAGGUUGAUGAGGCGUAUGACAUCCUCCUCAUGAAGAGCUUCUCAAGGAGGAAGGCGGGCCAAGUGAGCGAGGAGGGCAUCCGUUUUGCUGACGUCAGGAAGGCCCGCCCCGCUAACCUCACCCCAGCGUGGCUGAAGUCAGCCCUAUCCAAGGUCGCCGUCUCAGUUGAAACGCCCGACAGCAAAACCCUGGCAACUGAAGCUGCAGUGUUUGGGGUUCUGGCUGCGUGGACUUUUGCGGGGGGGCUUGCGCAGGGGGGAGAUCUGACCCCCGUUUCGUCGGGUGGGGACGUACCAGGGCUGCAGCUGGCGCUCGCUUUGGGGGCAGCGUUUUACUUCCUGCAGAAGGAGAGGGUCAAAGCUGUCAAGGCGGGGUUGAUCACUGUUGGGGGCAUGGCGACUGGAUCCAUUGUGGGCGGUCUUAUUGAGGCAUGGCUCCGGGUGGACAUCGUACCCGUUUUGGGCAUCGACUCGCCCGCAGUGGUCGUCAGCGAGUUCGUACUUGUGGCCCUGUUUCUUACAACAGCAUAUGUGCGGUGAGGGGUUGGCUCGAAGAAAAGUUUCAAGGUCUGAAAGUCUUCACAGGGCAGCCAUGUUAGAUACAACUUACGUUCAGCAGUUUGCUCUCUUUGCUCGAGGGCAGAUUGGGCUCUAAGCUUUGUGUGUUGAGACUAAGACUUUCAAGAAAGUCAGGAGCUGAAGGUCUAGUGGCUAGGCGUAGCUUCUGUAUAUCGCAGCCUAAUGCUAGGCGACUGUAAAUCUGUACAUGACCUUAGGUGCUGCACAUAUGCUCUGGGAGCGCUAGGACGAUUGCAUGGAUUCCCCGACCUGUACAGAUUGCCGAAUAUCUUGCAAGCAAGUUGAUGAAUUAGGUUGGUUCGUUGCUUGCAAGGAGUGAGGUUUUCGCUUGGUGUCAUAUUAAAAAGGAUGUACAAACGUUGAGGUCCAAUGCAAGGCUUCCUUCAUGGUGGCAGCCAGGCCUCUGUCCCGACACUCGUCUGAAUUGGUCACUGGACU